AUGGAUAAUAACAAUAAUCCGUCAGGUCGCAGCGCGAACGAAAUCACCCCUCCAAACCCUACCCCGGAACGCGAAGCGACACCGGAACGGCCGCCAUAUUCGCCCGUCACUCCCGUGUUGGCGCAUCUCGCCCCGAUCCCCGGUGGAGCGACGAUAGUACCGCCGCCUGCGACAGAAGAAUCGGCUGCAGCGACAAGAAAAAUGGCCGUUACGAAACCUAACGACGCUUCCGUGACCUCAAAUCCGGUCAAGUAUAGUGAACCCGUGAACCCACAAGCGCUUAUGCCACCGCCACAACAAUCACCUCCCCAACCCCAACAACAGUCGUAUCCACCGCCGAACCCGGUCCUACCAGAGCCGAGCCCAGUACCGAUUUCAGAAAGCGACAACGCGGAUGUCAUCGCCCUACGGUCCGCGAUCUCGUUGCUGCAAUUCCAGAAACAGAAAGCGUUGAACGAUAUCAAAGCUCUUGAUGAACUGAAACGUGCCGCGGCGGCUGAUCCAGAGGGGUUUUCGCGGGAAUUGCUAGCUGGGAAUUUGACGCAGCAAAACAACCAGUUCAUCGAUACAGAUAUCACCAUUAAAGACGAUGACGAGGCCGAGUCGGAACAAGGGGAGGAAGAAGGCGAAGAAAAUAAAAGCAAAUUCGGCAAAAUCCCCAAACCGCAAAACGUGGUGCGCAUGCCGCCCAUCAACUGGGCGAAAUACCAUAUCGUGGGUGAACCGCUAGACAAAAUGCACGAAGAGCAGAGGAAUAGACCGUUUGCGGGGGUACCGCGGCAGGAUCCGAAUCAGAGGGCGCCGGAGCAUUUUGUUGCGGCGCCGUAUAGGCCGCUGACGGAUAGGAUUGAUAGUCCAGUGAAGGGCGGAAGGGGGAAGAGGGAGCGGAAGACUUGA